UCAAACUGAAAUAUCUAUGCAUUGAAUUGCUUGCUGAGAGAAACAACUCUGUUUCAGUGAUGAAUGAGAUUCAGAAGAGUUGUAAGUUCAAAUUGCAACUCUCUGGAGUUUGGAAGACUCCCUGUCUAUCCACUUUCCACCUGUCAAGACUUGCAUAGCUUUCAGAACAAGCAAGAGCAAUUCAGUUUCUUUUUGUUUGGAGAAGAAGUGAGAAGGAACUCAAGAAAAUGAUUCUGAUGAUUUUUUUAGUAACAUUGGUCAUGGAAUCUGCCUCUGAGAAGCUGUGUCCCCUUCGUGCCUCCAUUGAUAUUCUAGAAGGGGAAUAUUUUUUCCUUUGUUAUCUUGAGUCAAGGCAAGAACAUUGUCAGGAAGAAUCAUAUACAAUAAACUGGUACAAAGAAAGUGCUGGCAAGCAGCAAGUGAUAAAGGAAACACGCAGAAUUGUUACACAAAUGAAUUUUCUGGAGUUUUGGCCAGCUGAACUCAGUGACUCUGGGAAUUACUCUGUCAUUCACAGCAAUGGAAAACAAAAUGUCACAAUUCAAAAGUGGACACUGAAUGUACUUGAAAGAAAUAAAAGCAGCUGUUUCAAUGAAAAUCAUUUAACUACAGAAAUUAAAAGUGCUGGAACUGGUCAUUCACUGAAAUGCAGCGAUUUGUCUGUCCAUGAAAAUGACAGCAUAACAUGGUAUAAGGACUGUAAGAAUUACGAACAUGAAACAGAGAGGGAACUACAUUUUAGAGCCUUAACAGCACAGAACUCUGGGAUCUAUACCUGUAAAAUUCUAAUCAGUCAUGAAGGAACGAUAUACCACAGCACAAAUACAAUUAAACUUGUAGUAGAAGAAGAUGCACCAGAGUCUUUCUCUUUGGAGAUAGUUGGACGUGAUGAAGAAAUUGAAACAGAAAUAGGUAAAGAAGAGAUAUUCAAUUGCACAGUUUUCUUGGGUGAUUAUAUGCAAGAAGAUGCCAGCCUCUACUGGUUAAUUAACCAAACGUUUCCAGAACAAUGCACAGGUAUCCCUGAGAAUGAACCUCCAAUAUGUGAAGAAGAACUCAAAACACUACAGUUGGGAAACAAGUUCUAUAUCACAAGGCUACUACGGAUUAAAAAAGUAAGAGAAGAAGACAUGCAUCAUAAUUUCACCUGCAGGUUGCAAGCUGAUGAAACCACACAGAUAAAAGUAGUAAAACUGAAGAAAGGGAAGAUCCAAGACUUGCCAGUGCAUGUAUUUACCACAGGAAUGGUCCUUGCUCUGCUAUUUCCAUUUGUUGCCAUAGCUGUGGUGUUUGUGUUAGUGAUGUUUAGGGUCGACUUCGUCCUAUUUUACAGAAAUAUUUGCAGGAGAGAUGAUACUGCUGGAGAUGGAAAAGAAUAUGAUGCAUUUGUGUCUUACCUGAAAGACUGUGUUUCUCCUACUGAAGAAGAGAGAGAAUUUGCUUUGAAGGUAUUGCCCAUGAUAUUAGAAGAAAACUUUGGGUACAAGUUAUGCAUAUUUGAGAGGGAUGUAUUCCCUGGAGGAGCACUUGUUGAUGAUAUCCACUCAUUCAUUGAUAAAAGCAGAAGAUUAAUCAUUAUACUGAGCCAGAACUACGUCUCUGACAGAGCCAUAUACGAACUUGAGAGUGGACUGCAUAAAGCUCUAGUUGAAAGAAAAACUAAGAUCAUAUUAAUUGAAUAUAUGCCUAUAAGUGACUACAAUUUCUUGCCAGAAUCACUGUCACUUUUACCAUCAAAGAGGAUGGUGAAAUGGAAAAAAGAUAAAUCUCUUCCCGUGAAUUCCAGAUUUUGGAAGAACCUUCGGUAUCUGAUGCCAGCAAAGCCUAUCAAGACAAAGACCAAAGGGCACUAUAAUAAUCUUGACUCAGGCUCAGAAACUGCUCAACCCUGGACUGAGGGCUGUGACUUUAAUGCAAUCAUAUAACAAUUCUGGAGACUGAAGAUGUAGCAGAAAACUGUGUGUUUUUCUAACUAGUAGAACUAAAUAAUCUAAUAUUCUGGGAAAUAGUUGAUUAAGAGGCCAGCUCUGAGAUCUGAGAAGAAUGCAGAAGUCACUGCAGUGGCCAGGAUGUCAACCCCAAUUGAGAAAUCCUAUCCUAGAGAAGGUUUCCUCAUCAAUCUGCACAAGGAGCAGAAGUUUCAUUCUGCUUAGGACUUAGCACAUGGCAUGAAGCACAAUGAAAAACAUUUUUAUUUCAUGAUUUUCAGUGAUGUAGAAUGAUACUAUUUUUACUAUUUUUUUGCAUAUACAUUUUAGGGCCUUCAAUAAAUAAACCAGUACUUACAAUCUCUUAUUAUUAGGAUGCUCUUUGUUUUAUAUUUUUAUAUUUUCUAAGGAUUGUAAGUAGACUCAAACAGCUCCUGCCUUAAAGAGCUUG